AUGGACCGCCCCAAGAAAAUGUCUGGAAGAGGACCGGCCCCGAAAAACUACAUGACACUUCAGGAAGGCGUCGAAAUCCCCUCCUCAAUUGUGAACGACAAACCGGUCAACAAGAACACCAGCGUCGAAGCGUUUGGCCCGCGGAGUGUGGACUCUCUUGAGGAUCUUAAGGAGUACGUUCUGCGUUUAGGUCUGGCAAUGAGAGCUGGUCUGCGACCAGAGCAAAAGCUUGCCGCGAAGGGCAUCAAAUCGUACUGGAAAAAGUUCACUGCAGGCUACAACCGCGAACGGGGCACCAUACCGAAAGAUCAUGUCUUAUCCGUCACCCGUCCUAGACUACGUAUAGACCAUUGGACGGUUCUCCAGGCCGCUGCAUUCACCGCCGCCCGGGUCUCCGAUUACAUUGAGUCCUCUGCUCGAUACCAGAGCAAUGAUACAACUCUUAUUGUGUUCCGAAACGAGAGCGGGGAGACUGAGUUCGGCCUGCAAUUGACGAAGUGGCUGAAAGGCAGACGCCAUGAACCCAGCACCUUGCUUCUAGAUCUGGAAGUUGGCCCUGGUGAACCAGCCGUGCAUAUUCGGUGGCACACAAACGUUCUCCACUCGCCGAUUUUCUCAGGCCCCAGCGAAAGGAUCAUGACUGCGAAUCUUUUCUCCUCCGUAUUGCGUUCCCUAUUUAUGAGAGCGGGCUUUCCGGACCCUCCAGGACUUCACUGCUUCCGGGCAGAGGGCCUCACCAAUAUUGUUUGUGACAUGCCCUGGACAUUCGCUGGUGCUGGACUUACGAGUGUAGAUGCGAAUCCCACCUACUCGGACAUCCAAAGACAAACGACGGCCGGCCAUGUGACCAACUCCAUUCAAGCGCGGUACUACUCAAGCCGGAACCCCGGCAUCGACAGCCAGGCGGCGUUUAUGCGCACGCAGGCUCGGCUGAUGAAUAUAGGGGAGCACUUUCGAAACCUCGAGAUUUCAUGGGAACCAGAACUGUUGCACUCCCUUCCUAUCAAGAGGAGAGAAAAGCUGGCAAUGACGGAGGAAUAUCAAGAUAUCGAGGCCAAAAUCCGAGGAUCUCCAACGAGUAAGCCCAAGCGGCUCAUGGACAUAUCGCCAACAGAGCCGACAGAAUUGGAGGUCAAGGCUGACAUCAAGACUUCGCCACCGGUCGAGACGAAAGAUUCGCCUCUCGCCCAUCCCAUUCGAAAGCUCAGGCGUGAUCUUGAAAAUCUCGAGAGAAGAGAGUUGAGCGAGUUAUGGGAGGAGACUUCCAAGAGUACAGUGGUCGGCAACAAACGCGCGUUUGUCUGUAGAGGGGUCAACCGUCCCUUCACGCGACUCCGGUCGAUCAUGCCCCUCCGUGGACAAUUGGCGGAUCUCCUGAUGAUCAAGGCACGCCUCAGAAGCCCUGAAGGAAGGGCAUCCCUUGAGGCAUUGGUCAAACUUUACCAGAGCAAGUCAGAAGUGGACCGACCUGGGUUAGGAACAACCUGCCACUGCCGCAGGUUAACUUCGACCACAUCCCAAUGGAGCUGUCCUGGGAACGGGUUGAGACGACUUUUUUACCAGGUUACUGCCCUUUCUGCCUAUGGGAUGCAAGACUCGGAUGCUCCAAACGGCUACAAUCGUUCUGUACCCUGCCCGAUUGGGAGACGCACAUCAGAGGGCACGGCGUCUCAUGGCAGGCGCGAUGCCCGGACCUGCGCUGUGCGGAGACGUUCCCCGACGGUGACUCCUUCCAGAAUCAUCUGCAUGACCUGCAUCAUGUACCGAAAAGGCUCUUUAAGCCAGCCGAGACAGGCUUCAAGACGGGCUUCAAGAGGGGGGUUGACGAUGUCACCCAUCAGGGAGUCCCAGCCAAGAAGACAAAGAUAG